AUGGCGUUUCAAUUCCAAAGGGAACAGAAUCAUCCAGCAGGAUUCAAGAUCAAUCACGUGCUAGUAGCUUUCGCCACCAACCAUGAUGUCAAUCACGCGCGUCGCAAAGAAAUAUAUAAAGCUUGGCUAGCGCUCGCCAACCAACCCGUCUACAUCAACAAAAUCUACUCCAAGAAACAGAAACAAAAUAACACAGCAAUACCACAACUACAACCAACAAUGUCGUCUUUCAACUUCUCGUACUCAUCCUCGUCCUCCGUCUCCUUGUCGUCCUCCAGCGGAGUCCAGCGAACAGGCCAAGUCUACCAAUCAACAACGCACUCGAACCCUUCGGGCACCCGAGUGCAGACCACGAGUCAGAACCUAGGCCAGCCGGCGAUUCGGGAAACGAGGAAUUACGAUGCGAAUGGGAGGCAGGUUUUGGAUGGUGGGAGGACGCUGGGGCAGGGACAGCUUAGUGGGAGUGGGGAUGCGAAUGGGAAUGUGAAUGGGAGUAGGAGGAUCGAGGAUGUGACGGAUACGGAUGAGGGUGAGAAGGAUAGGUUGUAUAGGGAGAAAAUGGAAGAUGAGUAUGCGAAGAGGGAGGGUGGUGCUUGA